AUGCGCCUCGUCAAUACGCAUAAGAACCUGGCUGGCCCUUUUACCAUCCAUCAAUUCAAAGAUGAAGACAUCCCUCCAUACGCCAUCCUUUCUCAUACAUGGGAGGACGACGAGGUAACUUUCCAAGACAUGCAUAGUGCCGACGUAGUCAACAAGAAAGGCUAUCAAAAGAUACAAGAUUGCUGCUCUGUGGCAAGAGCCCAAGGACUGGACUACGUCUGGAUAGACACAUGCUGCAUUGACAAGACGAGCAGCACAGAGCUGUCUGAGUCAAUCAAUUCAAUGUACCGCUGGUAUCAAGAGGCAUCCGUCUGCUACACUUACCUAGCAGAUGUCGAAACACCGACUGAGAUCUCCGCGAGCAGGUGGUUUGAGAGGGGCUUCACCCUGCAGGAGCUCAUCGCUCCGGCUACUGUGAUUUUCUACAGUCGGACGUGGAGCGAGCUUGGAACCAAGGAAACUCUACAAGACAUUAUAUCCAAGCGCACCAAUAUCCCCGUCGAAAUCCUGUCCGACGCAGACCGCGUGGACAACGCAAGUGUUGCACAGCGGAUGUCGUGGGCAGCAAACCGCAAGACAUCACGGCUGGAAGACGAAGCAUACUGUCUCAUGGGCCUGUUCGGCAUCAACAUGCCGCUGCUGUAUGGCGAGGGAAAGGCGGCGUUUAUCAGGCUCCAGGAAGAAAUUAUAAGAAUGUCUGACGAUCACAGCAUCUUUGCCUGGAAGGCGAAGAGUCCAGGCCACGGAGGGCUACUCGCACCCUCUGUCGAUGCGUUUUCUGAUUCGGGGGAUAUUAUUCUGACGCAGGACCCGCGGGUUAUGAGUAAGACUGCUUGGACAACGACGAACAAAGGUAUUCAUUUAGAACUACCUUUUGUGGGGAUUGGUCAUGGAGGUCUGGGCUUUGGAAUACUGCCCUGCACGCCACGCGACAACGAAAAUCUUUUCUUUGCGAUAUACCUACAAGACCAGUCUCUGACCAUGGAGCGAUUUGAACGAAUUCGAUACCAUAAGUUAGAGCUUCUUGACUUGUCAUUUUUUGUGCCCUUUCAGUUUCCUUUCCGGCAGAUCUGCAUUCAACAGCGACGGCUAGCUGUGACAAGCCGGCGCACAGGAACUCCACCGACGAGUGGGACAAACGACCCUCGUCACAAAGUCAAGGUGAACUUGAAGGACAAAGUAGGGCGCACCCCCUUGUCUUACGCGAUAGAAGGCGGUCAUGAACACGUUGUUUGGCUAUUGAUUACUCGCGGCGAUAUCCUGGUAAACGACAGGGACAAUUCCGACUUCACCCCUUUGUUAUAUGCCGCAAAGCAAGGAAGUCCAAAGAUAAUCAACAUGCUACUGGCGCAGGGUGUGUCUCCAGAUUCCAUGAAAGACGGAUCUGGGCGCACAGUGCUAUGUCACGCAUCAGAAGCUGGGCAUGUGGCCGCAGUGAGGGUCUUUCUGACCAGGAUAAAUCUUGGACCCAACGUGCGAGACGCAGCCAACCACACGCCUUUGAUAUACGCAGCUGCAAAUGGACACGAAGCGGUUCUGUUGCUCGACAAUGGCGCAAAUAUUGAAGCGAUGGAUAGCCGCGGUCGCACACCAAUCUGCCUUGCGGCUGACACUGGUGACGAAGCUAUCACUCAAUUCCAACAGGAGGUCAUCGCCUGCUUGUUGAUCACCCAGGGAGCCAACAUCGGACAGUGUGACGACCAAGGCAGAACGCCUCUACACUGGGCUGUCAUCAACAAAUGUCGCCUGGUUGUUGCCAAAUUGCUUGCUAGAAAGGCGAGUCUGGAAACUGAGGAUGAUCAGGGCAGGACGCCAUUGCAUUGGGCUGCUAUGACGGGGAAUCUCACCAUAACGAUGUCACUGCUGGAUGCAGGUGCUAACGUGAAGGCGGAGGACGCCUAUCGUAAGAUGCCAAUCCGAUACGCGAAGGACCUGGGUGAUAAGGCUGCCAUUGCAUUAUUGCUGAAGUAUACGUGA